GUGGUACUAUUCAUUGGAAACGACGUGCGCUUUUCUUGCCACAACCGUAAGUGUAAAUGCCUUUCAGAGUUGAUUCGCAGUGCGCUCGCGAGUCCGGUUUGCUUCGGCGGCAUGUCCAAAUCAGAAUGAAUUUGAUACAGUUCUAAUCAACGGGAAAAUGGGAAUAUUGUUGACGCUGUCUGCGGAGUAAACCAUUACUCUCUCACAAGUUUACUCUCUCGGGUCACAGAAACGGACCCUAAAAUAAUGCGUUGUGAGUCAUAAAUUAAAAUAGACGUAACCCUUCGUUCUAAAACGGAUCCAUUGGGAGACAAUACUGAAGAAACAAGACAUUGGUCCCAGCGGAGAACACCGUGCGACGAAAGGAGAACUUAUUUAAGAAUUGGAAAACCUCCCUGGUCUUUGGUUGAAUCUGUGUUUGAAAUUCACUGCUCGACUGAGGGACCUUCCAGAUGUGUGGGGUACAGAGAUGAGAUAGUCAUACAAAAACACUAUUAUUGCACACAGAGAGACGUUCAUGAAUCCAAUUCUGACCCACAAGUGAGCUGAAGGUGUUGAAGUCUCUCUACUGCUAAUUAUGUCUUCCAAGCAAGCCACACCUCCGUUUCCCCCAGCGACGGAGGAAGAGGAAGCAAUGGGUCAGGACGAUGUGGGCUGGGCCAAUGAGGACAGAGAAAGCCAGGACCAGCCGGCCUCGCCCACUCUGCACAGCAAAUCCCUCCCAGAAGAGCACCAGCCAAUCAGAGACAGCCAGCCGGAGUCGGCGUGGAAGAGUAUAGGCUCUACUCAGACGGACAAUGGUAGCAGCAAGGGCUGUUCCUUGUACUCCUACCGGAAUAACUCUACCUCUCCACCAAAGCCUGAGGAGUGUUCCCGGGAGCGGGGCGAGCAGCUAGGCGGAUCGACCUUCGGAACACUUGAGCGCCGCAAAGGAAGCCUGGCCGACGUGGUGGACACACUGAAACAAAAGAAACUGGUGGAGCUGACAAAGACAGAGCAGGACGAGUCGUCCUGUAUGGAGAGACUUCUGUCUAAGGACUGGAAAGACAGGAUGGACAGACUGAAUGCCAGCAAGCUCCUAGGAGAGGUCAAAGGUACCCCAGAGAGUUUGGAGGAGAAGGAGCGGCAGCUGUCCACCAUGAUCGGCCAACUUAUCAGCCUGCGGGAGCAGCUCCUGGCGGCCCACGACGAGCAGAAGAAGAUGGCUGCGUCACAGAUGGAGAAACAGAGGCAGCAAAUGGAGCUGGCCCGCCAGCAGCAGGACCAGAUUGCGAGGCAACAGCAGCAGCUCAUGCAGCAGCAGCACAAGAUCAACGUUCUCCAACAGCAGAUACAGGUGCAGGGUCACAUGCCUCCUCUGAUGAUCCCAGUGUUUCCUCACGACCAGCGAUCUCUGGCUGCUGCCGCCGCUGCUGCACAGCAGGGCUUCCUCUUCCCACACAACAUGUCCUACAAACCAGGUGAUAACUACCCCAUGCAGUUCAUUCCAUCCACAAUGGCAGCUGCAGCCGCGUCAGGACUGAGCCCGCUACAACUACAGUUUCCCUAUUUCCUCUCAUUGCAGCAGCUGUACGCCGCCCAGCUGGCCAGCAUGCAGAUCUCACCUGGAGCCAAAAUGGCCUCACUGCCACAGCCUCCCAACUCCUCAGACCCCCUAUCGCCCUCCGGCUUGAAGAGUGAGAAGAGAGUGUUGAGUCCUGUCACUCACAUUAAGGAGGAAGGGUCGACGCAGCCCCUGAACCUCUCAGCCCGAUCUAAGACUGGCGAGCCCCACCGCUCCCCGUCCUCGCCGUCACACACCCUGUUCCCCAGCAACAAGACCAGCCCCAUCACCAUGGGGAAGGGGCGCAUCCCCAGCCCCCUCUCCAACAUGGGCAGAGGCUCACUGGACAUCCUAUCCAGCCUGAACUCCACGGCAUUGUUUGGGGACCAGGACGCGGUGAUGAAGGCCAUCCAGGAGGCGAGGAAGAUGAGGGAGCAGAUCCAGAGAGAACAGCUUCAUCAUCAGCAGCAGCAGAGCCUGGAGGCCAAGCUCACAGCCCUGAGCGGCAUGAGCCUCAGCAAUGGCAGCAAGGAGCGGAUGCACUUUGAGAGUUUGAGUCAGCACCUGGGCAACCUGGGAGAGGAUGGAAAGAUGGGCCACAGGGUCAUUGACCUUACCAGACCUGAGGAUCUUCAUGGUGGUGCCAGCACUACGGAAGCACGGGUCUUCAGGGAGGCCAGGGGUAGGAACAGUGCCGAGCCCCACAUCAAGAGGCCCAUGAAUGCCUUCAUGGUGUGGGCCAAGGACGAGAGGAGGAAGAUCCUGCAGACCUUCCCCGACAUGCAUAACUCCAACAUCAGCAAGAUCCUGGGCUCUCGCUGGAAGUCCAUGAGCAACCAGGAGAAGCAGCCAUACUAUGAGGAACAGGCCCGUCUCAGUAAGAACCAUCUGGAAAAGUACCCCAACUACAAGUACAAGCCCCGGCCCAAGAGGACCUGCAUCAUCGACGGGAAAAAGCUCCGCAUCGGGGAGUACAAGCAGAUGAUGCGCUCACGGCGGCAGGAGAUGAGGCAGUUCUUCAGUGUGGGGCCACAGCCUCAGAUCCCCAUCAGCAACAGCGCUGGCGGCCUCUACCCGGGCACCAUCACCAUGGCGACAGCCACGCCUUCACCGCACCUGACAUCGGACUGCUCCAGCGCGUCGGCCAGCCCCGAGCCCGCAAUCCCCGUCAUCCAGAGCACGUUCGGCGUGGUCAAGCCCGAGCCGGUUGCCAUGGUGACCGGUGACCACCCGGUCAACGGGGAGGACGAGAUAGACAUGUACGAAGACUUUGAGGACAAAUCGGACUACAGCAGCGACCACGAGACACGGGAGCCUGUCAGUGCCAACUGAACCUGCUCAGAAGAACUUCUGAACUUUUAGAAAAAAAAUUAAGCAGGACAAUAUGACAGAGACUGAGUUUUGCUCAGAACAACUUUUCAACAGUACAAGGGGGGCGGAACAAUUUGUCCGGGAUUUGAUGCACCACGGACUGAGCAUGCUCAGAUUGACUCUGGACAGUACGUGACAUACACUGAGAAUUCUCUGAUUGCCUCUGGACAGGAUGUGACAUACACUGAGCGUUCUCUGAUUGACUCUGGACAGGACGUGACAUACACUGAGCAUUCUCUGAUUGACUCUGGACAGGAUGUGACACACUGAGAAUUCUCUGAUUGACUCUGGACAGGAUGUGACAUACACUGAGCAUGCUAUAAUUAACUCUGGACCGGAUGUGACAUACACUGAGCAUUCUCUGAUUGACUCUGGACAGGACGUGACAUACACUGAGCAUUCUCUGAUUGACUCUGGACAGGACGUGACAUACACUGAGCAUUCUCUGAUUGACUCUGGGCAGGACGUGACAUACACUGAGCAUUCUCUGAUUGACUCUGGGCAGGACGUGACAUACACUGAGCAUUCUCUGAUUGACUCUGGACAGGACGUGACAUACACUGAGCAUUCUCUGAUUGACUCUGGACAGGACGUGACAUACACUGAGCAUUCUCUGAUUGACUCUGGACAGGUCGUGACAUACACUGAGCAUUCGAAGAUCUCACAGACCGUCCAUGUUUCUCAAACUACAAUUUUGGACAAGAACACUUUUUCUGAACAAUCCCGUACCAAGUGAUUGGGCUGAGACAACCUCCAGACACUGAACAAGACAAUCCAACACAGUCAAGAGCUAGUAAGAGUCAGGGCGAUGAGAAGAGAAUGUUCGAACAAAGAGAUAACUGACACAUUUCUGCGUGUGGUUUUUUAAAGGAGAGUCCAUGGACUUGACUGAGACAUCAGAAAUUGGUCUUCAACAGCUUAAAUGUUAUUUUAAGUGUGAUUUAAGUUUUUAUGAUAUGUUUCCUUUGAUUGUGGGUUUCUGGAUUUCCAUGGAAAUUGUCCUGACAGGUUACUUACUGCCUGUAAAACCUUGCACUGUCAGGACUUUAACAUUUGAAAGUGAAUAUAAAUCCUUAGCUCUCGUCUAUUAUUUCUUAUGAGUACAGUACAUCUACACCUUUCUCGACAAAUGCUUACAAUAUGUUACAUUACUGUUUAUGAUGGGGUUUAUAUCCUUGCUCAGGUAUGCUGUGCCAGCUUGUGAAUGUGUUUUUGAUUUCAUACGAGUGAGUGGUAGAAAUGUUCAGACUGACAAUGAAACAGAGGAGAAAAUACCUAUUAUUAUAAUUAUUAUUUUCUGAGAUAUUGUACAAUUUUCUUCAAAUGUGCCAAACCUACAUUCACAUCAUUCAGAAAUAUUCUAGUCUUAAUGCUGAUGCUGCAAAAAGUCUUAUACAAUCAGUUUUUAUUGCUGAGGUGUCCCUAUUAGGAGAAAGCUGCCGCUUUAGCUGACAUCUGCAUUGCGGAUGUUUUGAUGGUGUCGGAGGUGGAACUGCGUUAGCGCUGUCAAAUCCACAAGAAGGUCUUGGCAUUAUACCUAAAGCAGACAUUGCCAUUGGCUGCACGGAGUCACAUUAAGAGAAAUCCCAUGCAGCUUUGUUUACAAGUUCGAACACUGGAAUGUGAGAUGUAAUUAACACCUCAAUUAGGCUGAUAGAAAUCCACAUUUUUUCACUGAAUGAUUUUCAAUUUGAGGGCCAUUAUUUCUACAGUAUAUAGCCUGCACUUUCUCGUUCUGAACUUCUAACACGAGUGGGAUGGGUGUGGCUUCGUGACAAUGAUCAAGAGCAGCUGCUCACUGAUUUGACAGCUCCAACGCAGUUACACCUCCGACACCGCCAAAACAUCAGCUAUGUGGGAGUCGGCUAUCGCCGGUUAACACUUAACCUGAUUUGAAUCUAGCCUAAGUUUGUAUUGGCUGCUUAGAGAAAACCAAACAACAAUGGGUUACAGUUUCUCCUGGCCCAUAGAAUACUUUCAGGGUGAGGAAUCAUCUAAUAUCAAGUUGUAAAAUCCUGAACUUCCCCUUUAAUUCAUCCAUAAUGCAUAGGGGCCAAAAACGAUCAAAUUCGUUAUUUUGGUAAACUGUUACAGUACACUGACAUUCAGCUGGAGUGGCUUUUAGGUUUGAAAUCUCUUUUGUUUGAGUAUAGAGGUUGUGAAUAAAACGUGUUAUAUAGACUCUGCAAAUGUUGAUAAAGACACAGGACAUCAUAAUAGGCACAAUAAGUCUUAACGUUGAACUCUUCUAGUUCUAUUUGUCAUACAGUAAAAUGCAGAGGAGCGGUCCCGACAGUCAUCUAUAUGGUAGGGCCACCAUAUAUUUAGGGUUUUUUAAAUGUAGGUUUUAUUUACUCUAUUGUACCUAGAUACAGAAGAUCAGAUUUGUUUCUGUGAAUUGAACAGUUUACAAUUAUGUAGCCAGAGAUGGUUUUCAAAAUACAAACCAAUGUUUUGUUUUUGUAAAAUUGGUACAUUGGCAAAAAAAACAUGAGUCAAUAUUAGCUUUAGCAUUUCAAAAAUGUAGUGCAAGAAUAUUUUGAAACAGAUAUUUCAGGUAAAUGAAAAUAUACCCAUAAGUCCUAUUUUCAUAUGCCCAUCUCUACUUUGAAAAUAUGUAUACUUUUACAACCUCUAUUUUAGCCGGGUUUAGGUUACUCUGUUUUCUGGUUGAUUUGUAUGUGAUUUGUAUCUCUUUACGACCAUGUCGAAUGAUAUUUUGCAGGUUGGUAGAAAAUAACAUUUUUGUUACGACUGAAGUUUGAUUUUGCUUGCAUUACAGAAAAAGGAGAGCUGUACUGUUCACCUCAUGCAAAGACAUUGUUUCAAGUUUUGUAAGCAUCACAGGCACUGGAUAUGAGUGGUAUUUUUCAGUACUGUCUAAUGUGAAGUUGUCCUUAGAAAACAACAAUGACAAAAUUCUGACAAACAAAACAUCACCUGUUUGGACGCCAGAUUUGAGUACAUUUCCAGUUUAGUAACAUUUGUAUUAUUUAUGCAGAAAUAGUUGAUUUAGCUUCAGUGCUGCCUGAAGUGCUCUGACCUUUGACACAAAUUCAAAGGUCACUCAGACCACCGGUCAGUUUCAACCAACCUACAGAAGCAGACGUAAUUCUUCCUGGCCCCACACAUUUUGUGUUAAGUAUUGUAUUUGAAAUUCAAUUGUGCAUUUUAACAUUUCAUUGUAUUUAUUAGCCGGUGUUGGCUCUAAAAGUGUCAGUACAACUUGGUGAGAAAGACAAUCAGAAAAAAAUAAAGACUGAGAUUUCCUUACAAA